AUGGUGUCCUUCAAGGCCAAUCAAACUAGAGUGACUGAGCGAAAUCGUACCAGUGGUGAUCAUACUCCUAACGCCUCAAAGCCGUCGGUCUUCUACUCGCGCACGGUGACGACUGGCACUCCCUUCAUGAACUCCCUCUUCCUCCUUCCCAAAACCCUAGCUUUCGCCCCGAAUCCCUCGUCCUCAUCGUCCUCCAAACCAAAUUCCCAUUCCUCUUCGGCCGAUGGAAUCCCAAUUACAAGUUCUAGUCGUCGCGGAAAUCCUCUUAAGCCAUCGCUGCUCGAGCAGAGACCUCUUCUCAGGUUGUGGUUGCACGAUUGCUGCCAUCUUUUGAUUUCCAGCGUCAUUGGGCUCUCCUGUGCCCUGUCUCUUCAUCCCGCUGUGGCCGAUGCCAUUCGUCCACAGAUUCCGUCGGUCUACCCAUGCGAAGAUGUCGACAGUUACUAUAAUGGUGUUAGUGUGUUACAAGGCGUUGCAUUGAUGAAGAAGCUCAAUUCCAUUGUCUCUCCCCACCAGUCACUAACUUACAGAGAGGUUUGGGAUGCGCUCAAGAUUCUUGAUGCAGUUGAUGUGGAGAACCCAGAAGCCUCCUCCGAAAUAAUCGAGAUAUACUCAUUGAGAGCUGUCCCAAAAUCAUUGGCAGGAAAGCCAGAAGGAUGGAACAGAGAACAUUUAUGGCCUCGUUCUUAUGGCUUAAGAGAUGGAACAUCUUUAACUGAUUUACAUAACAUCCGUCCCGCAGAUGUCAAUGUGAACUCAUCUAGGGGAAACAAGUACUACGGUGAAUGUGUUUCUGUAUCAACUCACUGUUCAAGACCAGCAAAUAAUGAAGCUGCUCCUGACACUGAGACAGAUAAGAAAAGAUGGGCACCACCUAGACAGGUUAGGGGAGAUAUAGCAAGAUCACUGAUGUAUAUGGCUGUCUCUUAUGGAUUUCAACAGCCUGAUGGGAGGCUGCCUCUACUACUUUCUGAUUCACCAAAUAUUGAAAAACAUGAGAUGGGCCUCCUUUCAACAUUACUACAGUGGAACAAAUUUGAUCCACCUUCAAGAAUGGAGCAGUUGAGAAAUGACAGAAUAUGCAAGUUAUACCAGCACAACAGGAAUCCAUUUAUUGAUCAUCCAGAAUAUGCCAAUUUCAUAUGGAAGAAUGUUACUUCAAGCAAUCUUACUAGGGUUUCUGUUAAACAUGAUAGACAAAAUGCUAUUUCAACAAUACUAGAAAAAAAAUAAUUUGGCAGAACUUGGAAUGUGGAUUGGGAUUGCCAGAAGUUUCAUUUUGUCAAGCUGCAAAAGCUACAGCAGCUGGAUGAUCCGAUUAACAACAGCGAUUCAUGUUUGACAUGCAGAGCAGCCAUUUCCUAAUCAUGUUGUUUUGUCAAAAAAAAAAAAACAUGUUUUUUCCUCUUUCUAUGCAAUUGCAACAGCAGCAAUUCCUCAUGUUACAUUAUAAACUUAAUUAUGUAUGUCAUUGCAGUUCAUUGAGAUUC